AUGAUAAUCGAACCAAAAUUAUGUGCAACAUCAUCGAUUCCUUUUGUGACCAUAGGAGACGAAGGCUUCUUCAAAGACGAAGAAGCAGAAAUUCUAUUUUCAACACAUACAAUCUUUCGUAUUGAACGCAUCGAACGAAUACAAGACGAUCAUACUGACAAGCUGUAUGAAGUUACCCUCACACUUACAGAAAGCAGUGAUAAUGAAUUUAAUAAACUUACAAAACACAUACGUGAAGAAGUCACGUCGGCUGUAACACGAGAAUGGUCUCAACUUGGCGAAAUACUGAUCAAAUUGGGUGAGCCUGCAAAAGCCGAACAUCUCUAUAAGAUCCUUCUCGAAAAGGAAUCUUCCUCUAAAGAUCAAGCAGAAUACAAUCAUCAACUUGGACGAACAUAUUAUUUUCUGGGCAAGUACACUGAAGCACUUUUAUUUCUCAACAAAGGACUUGAAAUGCGAAAGACAAUUCUACCUCCAGAUGGUCCUGACUUAGCGAAAUCCUAUAACAGUAUCGGUACGGUACAUGCUGACAUGGGCGAGUACUCAAAAGCACUUUCAUCGUACGAACGAUCACUUGAAAUCAAGAAAAUAUCUCUCCCUCCAAAUCAUCCCGACUUGGCUAUGUCCUACAACAACAUCGGUACGGUAUAUGCUGACAUGGGCGAGUACUCGAAAGCACUUUCAUCGCACGAACGAUCACUUGAAAUCAAGAAAAUAGUUCUCCCUUCGAAUCAUCCCGACUUGGCUGCUUCCUACAACAACAUCGGUGCCGUGUAUAAAAACAUGGGCGAGUAUUCGAGAGCACUUUCAUCGUACGAACGAUCACUUGAAAUCAAGAAAAUAUCUCUCCCUCCAAAUCAUCCCGACUUGGCUAUGUCCUACAACAACAUCGGUAAUGUGUAUGAUGACAUGGGCGAGUAUUCGAAAGCACUUUCAUCGUACGAACGAUCACUUGAAAUCAAGAAAAU